AUGACGACGUCGGCGCUGCUGGCGGCGGUCCUGGCCGCCGUCCUCGUGAGUGCCGUCGCGCGGCAGGCGCAGCAGGCGCAGCAGCAGGUGUCGGACAACGUGCAGCAGGCGCAGGAGCUGACCGAGGGCACACUGGAGAGGUACCACCACCACGACGACCACCACACGAAGCCGCGGUACGCGUACCAGUACAGCGUACACGACAAGCACACGGGCGACAUCAAGGACGUGUGGGAGCACCGCGACGGCGACGUCACCAAGGGCGGCUACACACUGCUGGAGCCCGACGGCCACACCCGCGUCGUGGAGUACAUCGUCACCAAGAAGGGCGGCUUCCAGGCCACCGUCAAGCGGCUGCCGCCCCACCACCACUGA